GGAAGGACGUGGAUGAGGUUCUUUUUCCCAUACACGUGAACAGUCAGAAACAUUGGAUUUUGGGACGUUUGGUCUUUAAAGAGAGAUGCAUAUAUGUCUAUAAUUCCAUGCAAUCAGCUUUGUCGAGGGCUCUUGGAAUCGAAGCAGCCACGAAAUAUUCAGUUCUCAUUCCUCUGUUUUUAACUCGUAUGAAUAUUUAUCAAAUGAGGAGCGACAUUGAUUUCAACUCUCCUGCUUAUCAGAAUAAGGAUUUUUGUGAUCCUUUCAAUAUUGUAUUUGUUUCCAGCCUUCCAGAGCAACAAGAAACUGAUUGUGGAGUGUUCACUCUCGCGUUUGCAGAGCAUUUGAUUCAUAAUAAACCUAUUCCGUUGACUCUGGAUAUUAAUCGCUAUCGGAUGCGUCUCUCAUAUCUGUUGUACCGAUAUGGCAUGAUGAAGAAUGCAGAAAAUAUUGUUAGUGAUGAAGAGAUUGAAUCGAAGAAGAACGAUGAAAAAGCAACAAAAAAAGGGAAGAAAAAGGUGUCAGAUUAGUAAAUGUUUAGUAUAGUAUGGAUUUUUAAUGGUAUGUUUGAAUCAGUAAAAGUUUAGUAUAGCAUGGAUUUUAGUUAAACUAGUGUUUUUGGAUU